UUUAACAUGACAUUCGAUAAAACUGAUAACUCCAGCGGUUUGACAAAAUAUUUUCUCCGCGCUGUUGCAACAGAUUACGAAGGAAGGAACGGAUUAUACGUCAAAAAAGUUUUCGCGAUCGUGAGCGAAACAGAAUCAGUUUCUCAAUAGAACUAAGAUGACAAAAGGAUUUCGUCUACUGGAAACGGAAAGUGCAAUACUGCUGAUGAUUCUCACGCUCAUUACAAAUUUUAUGGAAAGUUCUACAUAUUCAAUUCUCCGUGAAGACAACAAUGGCUUUCAGAAAAUGGUGACUGAAACUAUAACCAAGCCUUUAACGGUUGAAUUCAGUGACAUAGCAUUAUUGCAUCGGCUUUUGGCGCUAAAAUCUCGCUCAAGUACUGAGAGUGAUAACAAAUCGUUUUUAAGAAAUCGUUUUUCGUAUUUUAAGCCGAGAAGGAAGAUAGGAAAGCGUAUUCCAUCUCAAAAAUUGAAUGAAUUUUCAAGUCAGAACAACGAUACACAAAACUUUUCUUUAUUAAACACUGGUCACAAUGAGCCUCAAUAUAUUUCUAAAUAUGACGAUACUUCGACAAACAAUAAUCGGCGUCGCAUCCGACGCAGUACGAGUGGAAGAUCUUCUAUUUAUGAUCAAAUUUUCAACUCGGAAUCUUCAUCAGAAUCAGGAAAUCAUCUGCGCAACCUUGACAGCAAAUCAACAGAUGAAUUAUUCAAAAGACAAGAAGCAGUUUUCAAGAUGUAUCACAAGGAAAGCAGCUCAUACCUCAAGAUUUUGUCAGAUGGGUCGAUCAUUGGAGAAUCGAAAGAGGAUGAAUUUUACAAAAUGAAAAUCAACGCUGUUGAUUACGAUACAGAGAAGGAAAAAGCAAAAGUUCAAAUUUAUGGUCUGGCUAGCGGAUAUUACAUCGCCAUGAACAAAAGUGGAAAAUUAUACACCACGAAAAAUAUCUUGAAUGAAGACACUGUAUUUCUGCAUUAUUACAACCCCCUUUCUCACGACGCAUAUUUAUCAGAUAAGCACAGUCGCUUUAUCACCAUGAGGGCUGCUACACAAGGAAGAACGACACCCGCACGGGCCAAAAACAUUAUCGACUCCUCAAAGACCCCACCGAAGCGUGCUUAUUUUCUAGUCUCAAAUGCUAGCGCGAAAAAGGAGGCUCUGCCAAAAACUUCAUCAUUUAGUGUCAGCACAACACCUCAAAAACAACUCAUAACACCUUUUGAAGCGGUUACCACUGCCAGGACAAUGCCAACGACACAAACAGUAACUACUGUUAAAAUAGAAGAAACUUCAAUUCAAACAACGGAGAAACUUUUCGAUUCAACGACAGUUACUCCACCAACUGUAUCUACUACAAGUGUAUCAAAACCUAAGACUAAGCGACCGCGAAAAUCUCGGCGUCGCAAGGAAGGAAAAAGGGGUAGAAAACGAAAAUCUAAAAACAGAAAACGUAAUCGAAAAGAAAAGAAAAGAAAAAACAAGAAGUCUAAAAAAGGCAAAAACCGCGGGAGAAAUAAAGCUAAGACCAGAUCUGCGAGAUCACUGGUCGACUCCAGUACAUUCUCUAAUCAUAUUUCUUCGGAUAUAUUUCACAUUCUAACCUUACUUGAGCCAGAUGAUGACUUCAAUAACUUGAAUGAUAUUAUUGAAAGCCUUUCGCAUGCGUCAAUUUUAGAUUUUAUUGACAGUGAAGUUACGUGACCAAGACUUCAAAAAAUGGAAAUGAAACUUAUCGGAAUUUCUAUACUGAAGAUGACACUAGAGAGAGCGAACAUAGUAGUUCAAAUCUGUGUUGUUCAACAACCCCAACAAUCAUAAAACAUUCUAUGUUUAAACUGCUAAAACAAAUUCUUUGCACCUUAUGAUUGAUCGUAAUUUCCAGAGUUUCAUUCCUCAAAUACCGUAAUUUUGUUCCUUCAUUCCAUGAAAUCUCAACAAUUUGAAUCAGUAUAAUCGUGUUGAUUUGAUUUGCGAGCUUUUCUCAUAUUUUACUCAUAUUUCUCUGCUAUGCUUUACCUAUUAGUUUGUAAGAAGACUAUUGGCAUUGGAUUGCAUAUUGUGAUACAAUCUUCAAAAAAAUAAUGUAUGUAACAAUGCCUUUUUUAUUACAAAUUUAACAAAAACGAUUGGCUUGGAUUUAACUAAUGUAUAUACAAAUAUGUAAUGCAAAGUAUUCACUGUUGUUCUUCACAUAUUUGAUGUAUUGUAUUUAUUAUUUCUUAUUAUUUUAUGUGUUUGAAGUUGAAUAUUAUUUCAUUAUUUUUCCUAUCUAACUAUAGUGUGAACAACCUUAUCUGUUUAUAUUGCAUCAUCGGAUACGAUUGCUUUUAGUUUAGUUAUGUCAAAAGGUAAAUUUACCUUUACAACCAUCAAGUACCAGCGUAUUUGUCCAUUGCACUAAUCGACGAAGACCCAAAUGUUACGUAUAAUGUCUGAUGGGGUCAACUUUCUGAUUCACGCUCAAAGUAUAGCUAAAAUUAAAUCAAAAUCAUUUUUAAAUAUGUAAAUUCUCCUCAGUGUUCUUAUUGAUACACCAUCACUUAUUCUUCAAUGACUGAUACAAUACGAUUUAAAAUAUGAUAUGAAAAUUGAAGGAUUGAUUAAGGUUUAGUAUUUGUGAUACUGCCCCCCAAAAUAUUUAUUUGAAAACCUGGGAUAGGAUCAACAGUUGUAACAAUUUUAAUCAAUACUGAAUUGAAUAACGUUUACCAUUUUUGACAGCGUUUUGAAACUUUUUUUGCCAUGAUAUCAAUUUCGAUAAACGUUUCAAAAAAAAAUGAUUGCCAAAAGCCUGGCCCAAAGCCGAUUUUAUUAACCUUGUCUGGGUUAUAUUUCUUCUAGAUAUUAACCUUUGUUUAUUUUUUGAUAUUCCUUUGGUUUUUAUUAUGAAACUACUGAAAAGAUGAGACUAAAUUCUGUACAUGCAAAUUUUGUUUUGUUAUAUUUGACAAAAAUCUAAAUAUAGCUUAAUUUAAAUUGACUGAUAACAUUUAUUGGACAAGUAUCUGAUGGCCAAGUUUCGAAUGAUUUGAAUUAUUCAAAAAUUCCGUGGACCAUGUGCGUCACACCAAGAGGAUUUUCUGCUAAUGAAAUGUUGAUAAACUUUUCCAAUAAAAUUUGCUGUGGUUGUAUAAAAAUGUAACUUUUGAUCUAACAAUGCUGCUACGACCAGGUGCAUCAUAUCACUCGAGUCAAUUUUGUUGUUUCAAUAGGGCUGCUGUCAUAUUGUGGUAUUUUGGUCCGAUAUAUACGUUCUCAAAAUUGCUAUUCAUAUUAUUAAAACAUAAAAUGAAUUUAAAGUGUUAAAUAUAAUGUUAUACAUGAUACAUCGAUAUUUGAAGCUUUAUUUAUUUAGCGGGGAAAUGUUACGUCUACAAAGUAAAGUUUCUUUAUUCGUAAUUGGAAUCGUAAGAUAUUCGAGAAAUUCUAAGUAAUAGACAAUUGACUAUAAUGUGUGUGUAGUCUAGAUGAGGAAUUUGUGUAAAGAGUAGUGAGCGGGGAUGGGCAUUUCGAAUCGAAUAUUUAAAUUGAAUCGAAUAUUAUUAUUCGAAUCGGUUCUAACGAAAAUUUCGAAUCGCCGACAUCUUGUUUUCUUUUUGUGCGUCAAUGUUUCUAGGUGGAUCGUUUGACUGUGAGCUCUAGUCCGUUUACUGUCAGUGUACCUACCGAACAAAUAAAUUAAGCUGUAUUGAAUUCACUACGGUAGUACGUCAAUCUGUAUUUACUGACGCGCAAUCCCACACUUCAAUUCUUUUUUGAGUGUUCGUGACCUUGCUUUGUUCAAAUUUACUUUCAAAAAUAUGAUUGGAAAUGUUUUCGAAAUUAUACUAAACACAUUAGACUUCAAGUAAAUGUUCGGAGUGG